AUGUCUCAGCUUUUGAGUCGACUCUCUAGGCUCUCAUCAUCAUCAUCACAUGGACUCACUGAGUUACGGCGGCGGCUGUCAACGGCGGCCACGCCGUAUCUUCUUUCCAAGGAGACCAUCAGCAAGAAGGCUAAGAGACCAUUUGAUGGCUCAUUUUUGGUGGACAUGAACUUGUACGAUCCGACAAGAGUUUCCCUAACUCUGACGACAUCCCCAAGAGCAGACAAGAUGAGGUGCUACGAGCUUUUUCCAGGAGAAAGAGUGGAGUCUCAGAAGAAGACACCUCCCUCUGGAAACUCCUCCUACAGGAAGAAGCCCAAGAGUUUUAGGGUGUUUAGGCAAGACCCUGAGCGAAAGAUCAGUUCAUACACUGAAGACAUUGGAGAUCUCUGCAUCUUUGUAGGCGGGAGUGAGUCCUUUUGCGUCUCUGCAACCGAGUAUCCUGGACUUAAGCCUAAUUCAGUCUAUUAUGCAGGCUAUUCCACAGGUUUCGGUUUCUACGACCUCUCCUCCAACACUCUCCAUGAUCUCACCCAUGAGGCCGUUGCAUCCAGCGAGUACAUGUGGCUUGCCCCUCUCCAGUGA